GAGAGAAGAGAGAAGGAGGCCCUGGUUUUAUCCUUUGAUCUAAGCAUGAGCAAAGAGCCGGGCCUUUGUGGAAUCCUUUGCCAAGGAAGGGGUUAAUCCGGAUUGGCUCAGAGGGUGACAGAUCACUUGAGAGUGACCAACUGCAGGAGGAGGAGGAGGAGGAGGAGGAGGAGGGUGCCGCCUGCGGAUCAGCCUUCUCUUUCUCUCCUUCCUUCCCUCCUUCCACACCCACUUCUUUCCCUCUGGAUCCGGACCCUUCCUCUGGAUCUCUCUCUGGAUCUGCUGCAGGAAAAGCCUCCUCCUUGGAUGGUUCUCAGAACAAGAGAUCAGAACAAGAGAUCUGUUCUUGGCAACCAGGCUGCACACACUCCUUCCUCUCCUCUCCUCUCACUUCUCUGGCCGGUCCUGCUUCUCUUCUCUGCCCUCAACCAUCCCAGGGAUUCUCUCCAUUUUCUCCAUGGCCACCAAGAUCGACAAAGAGGCCUGUCGAGAAGCCUACAACCUGGUCAGGGAUGACAGCACGGAGGCCAACUGGGUGACGUUCAAGUACGAUGGAGCCACCAUCGUCCCCGGGCACCACGGAGUGGAUUAUGAGGAAUUCACCCGAGAAUGCACAGAUGACCUCCGGCUGUUUGGCUUUGUCCGAUUCACCACUGGCGACGCCAUGAGCAAGCGGGUCAAGUUUGCCCUCAUCACUUGGAUCGGCGAGAACGUCAGCGGCCUCCAGCGCGCCAAGACCGGGACCGACAAGACUCUGGUGAAAGAAGUCGUACAGAAUUUUGCCAAAGAGUUUGUCAUCAGCGACCACAAAGAACUGGACGAAGACUACAUCAAAGGGGAGCUGAAGAAAGCCGGCGGCGCAAACUAUGACGCACAAACGGAGUAGAGGGGGGAAAAGCGCCACGGUGCCUCCUGGAUCGGGGAGAAAGGGAAGGAGGGAGGAAAAAAGCACAAUUUAUCUUACAAAAGGAAAGAAAAACAAACUGGGGGAGAUGACCGAAGGGAAGGCGACACGAUGACGAUAACGACAACGGCGCGACUUUCUCUCAGUGCCGUUUCCCCGGCUCUCCGCAGCGGACCUCGCUUUCCCAUUCCAUCCGGCAAAGCAUCUCUCUCUCUGUCUCUCUCAUUCCUCAUCCUUUUGUUUCUUUCCUUCUUCUUCUUCUUCUGUUUUCACUGCUGUCUUUCCUCGUUUCACGACAUUGGAUGCUGGGCUCCCUUCCGCAGCAUGUCCGCUACGAGAUGGUCGGACAAGUCAAACGAGCCGCCAGAGUCCCGAUCCGGCGUUCGGCUCACCGCAGUGUCGUUUGGUUUUGUUUUGCUUUGGAAAGGCCUUAGGAAUGAAACCGGUUGUUCUAUUACGUGUGACGUCUUCUCCAACUUCCUAUGUUCAGCUCGAAAUCUUCCAGGAGAAGCCAAGCAUGCACAAGUAGUUAGAGUUAGGGCAUGUUUGCACUGUAGGACGAAUACGAUUUGACACCACUACACCAGGCAUGGGCCAACUUGGGCCCUCCAGGUGUUUUGGACUCCAACUCCCACCAUUCCUAACAGCCUACCGGCUGUUAGGAAUGGUGAGAGUUGGAGUCCAAAACACCUGGAGGGCUCAAGUUGGGCCAUGCCUGCUCUACGCUGUAGAAUUAAUGCACCGUAAUACCGUUCUAAUGGACAUGUAAUCAUCAGAGUUGUUAGGUGAGACACCAGCACACUUUGGUGGAGAAGGCUAAAACUCCGGUGGAAUUACACAUCCCAGGACGCUGCAACAUUGAUCCACGGCAGUUAAAGUAGUGUCAAACUGCAUUAAUUGCUUCAUGUAGAUUAACCCCCAGCUUCUCCUCUCACCAUUUCCUGGACUCCAUUGAUUAACUUGGCGAUGGGUUCAUUGUGGUCACAUCAAUGGAGAUAUGAAUGCAAAACAGUCACAACGUCUCACCGUUUCGUGCAACAUGGGACUCCAUUGGUCAACUCUGGAGAUGGGUUAGUUGUGGUCACAUCAAUGGAGAUGUGAAUGUGAAACAGUCACAAGGUUGUACAUCUUGGAGAGCAUCUACACUGCACAAUUAACACAGUUUGGCACCACUUGAAUCGCCACUUGGAUCAAUGCUAUGGAGCGGUUGGAGAUGUUGAUUUAGAAGGUUUUUGGUCUUCUCUGUGAAAUGUGCUGGUGCCUGACCAAACUACAACUCCCGCGAUUCAGUCUGGCACCACUUGAAUUGCCACUUGGAUCAAUGCUAUGGAGCAGUAGGAGUUGUAGAUUUAGAAAGUCUUUAGUCUUCUCUGUCAAAUGGUUCAGGUACCUCACCAAACUACAACACCCACGAUGCGGUCGCAUGAGUCAAAGUGGUGUCAAAUUGCGUUCGUUCUACAGUGUAGAUCAGGCAUGGGCAAACUUCGGCCCUCCCUCCAGGUGUUUUGGGCUUGAAGGAGUCACCACGUCACUCCCUCCCAGGACAUUGCAGGUUACAGCGAGCACAUCCCAGUGUUCCUUUCUCUUCCAUUUGCAUGACCCCGCCCACUGCUUCUCCCUUAACCCUUUCCUGCCGUCUCAUACCUGGUGUAGAUGCACCUAACAUGCCUAACACAGCCAGCCGGAUUCUUUAUUUUCAGCUUUGAUAGGAACCCGAAGGGAUAGGAUGAUAUGCCUUACUCCCUCCUUAUUUUUUUUUUGUUUCAAAGUGCUUUUCUUUCAAAUUCAUAUUUCGUUUUUCUCCAUAACUGUUGUAAACAAAGGGAGCCGGGAAGCGGGAACGUCUCAUCCUCGUACUGUUUUUGUACAUUUGUUGGCUUUUUACAAAACUCUUUGCCUUUGUGUUUCGGAAGACGACUGCGGCCGAGAUUCUCAGACAAAUACACAAGAGCAUUGGUUACA